AUGAAGGAAGCUCAGCGGGGUUGGACCGAGCGGGAGCGGGGCUUGGACCCAGUGGGCGGGGUGCGAAUUGAGGCUGAGCAGGGUACAGAUCUCCCGGAGCGGUCGGUCGGCCUCGGUUCGCUGCACGUGGCUCAGCACGUGGCCGAGUGCCUGACCCCGGGCACCCUGGAGCCGCCGGCCUCUGUCGCCGAGGCGGUGUCGUCCCUGACCAUCGCAGACGCGUUCGUCGCGGCCGGCGAGAGCCUAGCCCCGCCGCCCCCGGCGCCCCCUCAGAGGUUCAUCUGCUCCUUCCCGGACUGCAGCGCCAAUUACAACAAGGCCUGGAAACUAGACGCGCACCUGUGCAAGCACACGGGGGAGAGACCGUUUGUUUGUGACCAUGAGGGGUGCAGCAAGGCCUUCGUUAGGGAAUGGCACCUGAGCCGCCACGCCCUGGUUCACAGCGGAGAAAAGCGCUGUGUUUGUACAGCUAGUGGCUGUGAUCAGAAAUUCAGCACAAAAUCAAACUUGAAGAAACAUUUUGAACGCAAACAUGAAAACCAGCAAAAACAAUAUGUAUGCAGUUUUGAAGGUUGUAACAAGACCUUUAAGAAGCAUCAGCAGCUGAAAAUCCAUCAGUGCCAGCACACCAACGAGCCGCCGUUCAAGUGCACCCACGAAGGAUGUGGAAAACACUUCGCUUCCCCCAGCAGUCUGAAGCGACACGGGAAGGUCCACGAGGGCUAUAUGUGUCAAAAAGAAUGUUCCUUUGUGGCAAAAACAUGGACAGAGCUUCUGAAACAUGUGAGAGAAGCCCAUAAAGUGGGCUCUGUUUUCUUGUCUGCUCCCGCAGAGGACAUAACAUGUGACGUGUGCCAGAAAACGUUUAAGCGCAAGGAUUUCCUGAAGCAGCACAUGAGAAUUCACACCCCAGAGAGGGACGUGUGUCGCUGCCCCAGGGAAGGCUGCGGCCGCACCUACACCACCGUGUUCAACCUCCAGAGCCACAUCCUCUCGUUCCACGAAGAGCGGCGCCCGUUCGUGUGUGAGCACGCCAGCUGCGGCAAGACGUUUGCCAUGAAGCAGAGCCUCAGCAGGCAUGCCGUCGUGCAUGACCCUGACAAGAAAAAAAUGAAGCUCAAAGUGAGACCGUCUCGUGAAAAACGGAGUCUGGCCUCUCGGCUCAGUGGGUACAUCCCUCCUAAAAGGACACAGGACCAGGGCGCGUCUUUGCCCAGAAACGGGGAGACUGAACUGCCUUCUGAACUGCACUAAAGGCAAG